CUGCAGAGGAUUUGCGCCCUUGGAAUUAAUAGCUUUCCCAAAUGGGAUUCGGACUUGCGCAAUUGUGAGUGUUAUAUUUUCCAAAUCUUACUCUUAUUUUAUCAAACUCGAAUUUCCAGAUUGCUUCAGAGAAUCAUUCACACACCAGUUUUCACACGCAAUGACACACAUACACAGAGAGGUGAAAGGUGCGAACAAUGGGACAUAUAGGAAUCCGUGCAUUACCAUGCACCAACCAUGGGCUUCUCUGCUCGUUUAUGGCAUUAAGCGCAUCGAAGGCAGGUCUUGGAUGGCUCCUAUCAGAGGCCGGCUUUGGAUUCAUGCUGCUGGUAAGGUUCCAGAGAAUUCUACCAUUAAAGCAAUGGAGGAUUUCUACAGGGAAAUCUAUGCAGUCGAUGGAAUUACUGAUCUCAAGUUUCCAGAGCAUUAUCCAGUUUCAAGACUAUUAGGUUGCAUUGAAGUGGUUGGCUGUGUUAGAAGUGAGGAACUAGAGUGCUGGAAGGAGGUUCCUGAAGGGGUGAGGCUAGAAGGACUAACAAAAUUUUGCUGGUUAUGUGAACAGCCACAAAGAUUAUCAGAUCCACUUGAGAUGCGAGGAUAUCAAGGCGUUUAUGACAUGGAAAGGAAGAUAUAUGAGGCUGCAGUGAGAGCUCUUGUUCCAGUUGAAAGUCCACUACCAGUAAAGUUUCCACUUCCAAAUCCACGAGAUCCUUUUUCCUUGAAGCCAGGAUCGAUUUCUGCUCACUUCCUUGACUCUAAAUCAUCUGAAGUGGAGAAAUCAUCAAGUCUCAGCGCGGCCAUAGCUGGUGCACGUGCAGCAGCGACACAGUUCUCAAAGAAAGACCAGAAAUUUCAAACUAACGUUAUUGCGAAUAGAAAUAACAAUGAUUUUAGAAGAAUGGAUCAGAGAAAAAGCAAAUCUUUGGCUGAAGAUAAUGCGGCAGCAGAUAAAGUGGGCACUAAGGUUUGGCGUGAAAAAGAGCAAAGUGGUUGCUCCGAGUAUGAAGGAAAUAGAAGUAACCACAAAGGAUAUCCUCACGCAGAACUAGGCCGGCAUCCUGGGGCUUCUUCUAAGAUUUUUGUUGCGGCAUUGAGAGCGCUUGGUCCAUCAUAAAUUCCAUGCAUUCUCAGGGAGAAGAAAAUUUCUCUGUCCAAGAGCCAAACUUGAGCUCAAAUAGCCUUCGCAUCAUCCAGAGACGAGUAAAAGCAAGAAUUAGUAACAGUCCCGCAGAAAAUCCAAAAGGAAGAAUUUAUUAGAGAUGCACCGAUAUGAUUUUGCACAGGUAUAGUGCAGCUGCUGCUCUUAAAAGGAGCUAGAGACGUAGUUAUGCAUCGUCUUCCUUCCUUAUCUUGUAUAUGCAACCGUAUAUAGUUCCUUCUAGGGUCUCCGUGAUUUGAAGUUAGUUAUAAGGUUCCAUGUGAAUUGGAGGAUUUUAAAUAAAUUUAGGUUCAAUUGUGUGAGAAAUAUAAUUUGAUGGAUUUGUGAGAAUUAUGUGUGUGAAUUUCAGAUAACUAUAUGUAAGAGCUAUUUGAAAUCCAUGCCUUCAAGGAUUCAAGUUGCACAAUAAUUGUAAUCAAAUGUUUCUCCUA